CUCUCCUCCUUCUUAUUUUCUCCCUUUUCUUUAUAUUUAUUCCCCUCCCUUUUUUUUUCUCCUGAACACUAUUAUAAGAAAGAUACAAUGAAUCUAAUUACACUCUUUUCUUUAUUCUAAUGGAUAUCAAUUAUUCAUAUUUUCGAUCCCAUAUUAAUGAUCACAAUGACGACCAUAAUGAGCAUAUUUUAUUAAACACUGAACCCAAGGACCUCGAUAAAUUGUUCUAUAAUCGAACAUCACAAUCAGUUGAGCAAGAUAUCUGUUAUCCAACAGACAAUAAAGACCACCAAAGUAGUAUUAUAUCGACAAAGAUACAAGCCAUAAAUAAAGAACGGAUUUUACCUAGUAAAGAAAUUAACUUGGACGCAUUAUCCUUGUUUACACAACAACAAUACCAACAUUUUGAAAAACCAUUAUUUAGUCUUUAUGGAGAUAACAAGACACAACCUAUCUUACAAAACUAUGGUGACUAUCGAUUUGUCUAUUAUCAUCCAGAUACAGGAUGUCUACGAGGCAGCAGCUUAAUGACGCUCGAAUUACCAGCCAAUUCUACUUUAAAGGAUCUUUUGACGAAAGAAAACUAUUGGAUCGACAUUACAUCCCCUUCAGAGGAUGAAAUGAAAGUUAUCAGUAAAAUCUUUCAUAUACAUCCACUUACAACUGAAGAUAUUAUGUCGCAUGAAAUAAGAGAAAAAUGUGAUGUAUUUCGACAUUACCUCUUUAUUUCAUAUCGAGCCUUCUUACAUGAUAGAUCUCAUUUACUAAAGCCUGUAACAUUUUAUAAUAUUGUAACCAAGAAACACAUUUUGACUUUUCAUUUUGGACAAGUACCUCACAUUUACCAUGUUCAAGAACGUGUCAAGCAGCUCCAAGAUUAUAUUGAAAUUGUUCCUGAUUGGAUCAACUAUGCAGUUAUUGAUGAAAUCACCGAUAGCUUUGCACCUCUUAUUCAACAGAUUGAAUCUGAAGUAGACGCCAUUGACGACCUUGUACUGCUCUAUAAAACAGAUCAAUCUGAUAUGAUUUUACGUAUUGGAUCAUGUCGUAAACGUGUAAUUCAGAUGGUGCGUCUGUUGGGGACGAAAAUAGAUGUUGUAAGAGGAUUGAUGAAACGCAUUAGAGAGGAAGAAAGGAAACAAUGGAUAGAUGAAGAUGAUCGAGAAGAACAUCAGCGAAUUUAUCCCGAUGUAGGACUUUAUUUGGGCGAUGUACAAGAUCACAUUUUAACCAUGUUACAAAACUUGAGUCAUUAUGAGACAGUUUUAACAAGAUCUGAAUCGAAUUAUUUAGCUCGAAUAUCCAUUGAACUCACACAGACAUCGAAUUCAACUAAUCAUGUGAUUGGACGAUUGACUAUCUUUGCGACAGUAUUAUUACCAAUGAAUCUCAUUACUGGUCUUUGGGGAAUGAAUGUGAAGGUACCAGGAAAAGAUUAUGAUAAUCUUUUGUAUUUUUUUUGGAUUGUGUUUAGUCUUAUCCUAUUCGCCAUUCUAUCUUUAACGUUGGCAAAGAGGUUAAACUUAAUAUAAAUAAAGAAGCCGGCUGUUUAAUUUACAUAAUAACGUCAUUUCAUAAAAUUUAUUGUUGUUGUUGUUGUUGCUGCUGCUGCUGCUGAUAUAAAAUACGCUUUGUCUUACUUUUUAUUUAUUUAUUUAUUUGUUUACUUUAUUUUAUUUUAUUUUU